AAGCAGUGCUCGUGCGUCAGUUCGCGCCGAGAUUUCGUCGAGUGAGGAGUGUUUCGCAAGCCUCGUGCGUUCUUCUCGUGAUUUUCAUUUCACGCUUGCUUCUUCGUUCUUGAUCGCGCUGAUCAAGCGAGAGUUACGACAGCCUCGCUCGAGUAACCGAAAUAAAGAAUCCGAAUAAAGAACGUGACGCGAUUUUGCGAAUCGACGUUCGCGGAAGUGACGUUUGAAUCGAACUCCCGAGCGGUAAGAACGCCUUGACAUUGACAGUCGGGAAGAGGGAAGGGUAAGAUGGACGAUUGUUGAUAUUUUCUACCUAUGAAACAGCACACAGGUAUAUGUCUUUCUAGAAUCGGAUAUCUGUUAUAAUAAUUCUCAUUUUAUUUGAUAUAAAUUGAGUUCGAAAUAUUACUGGUAAUAUAUUUCGAAAUUAGAAAAUUAUUCAAAUCUUUACUAAGAAGAAAUCUGUGUUUUUUAAAUUCAUGAAAAAAUCCUUGUAUGAAAUAUCUAUGCGAUAACAUAUGCAUACGAUAUUGUGUCCGUUAACGACUCACAAUUAUCGGUGUCAAUAACGUGUAAUAGUGUCACAAUCGUGUCCUCUGUUUCAAAACCAGAAACCUUUCGUCAUUUACGAUCGCGCAAUUUCAUAAGAGACACGAAAAAGAUCGCGUGGUUUAUUCCUGUAAUAAAGGACAAAGUAGUGCGGCUGCUGCAAUCCAGUGAAUGCUGAGUAAGAGGGCCCAGCAGUUAUGGAGCUGCAGGAGGGGCAGAGAAAGCUGUGAAUGUAAAACCGGUUGCAUUGAGAAGGAUCAAUAGAGGAAGAAAAGAGGAGGACGAGUCGACCUAAAGGAAGGCUUCGAUGGAUCUCGUUUGAAAGGCCAAGGCUGCCGCUCACGCCAAACUACGAGAGAAAGAAGGAGAGAAAAGAGAACGAACGAUAGAGAUCCGAAUAGAGAGAGAGAGAGAGAGAGAGAGAGAGAGAGAGAGAGAGAGAGCAAGAAAGAAAGAUGAACUAUCUGACACGUGCGCGAACUCUGAAGACUCGUAAGCUUGAGCGUCGCUGAAAGAGAGAAGGAGAAAGAGAGGCGAGAAAGCGAGAAAGAUAAAAGAAGGAUUUCUCCUUGGAUACGUGAACGUCUUAUUUCCGUAUUAACACAUCAUCAUCCCGGUCCGAGGAGAUAUCCCGAGGGUUCGUGGGGGUGAUGCUCUUGGCGAGCGCAAGUGAAGAGCCCCGGGCGGCCUUUUCUCCCUUAGUGCCCAUCAAGGGAGGACUUGGUCGGUGCCAGGUCGACCAGCAGUUGCGGCUGCAGCCGAGGAAGCGGCGGCCAGCGGGGGGAAGCGCCUCGUGGUGCACGGCGGUGCUCCUCUAACGGCGGCUAGGAGGGAGUUAUGGUGUCUCGCGCAUGCAAUGACUGUGGCUGCCGCAGCCGUGACACUGUGGCAUCGUGCCCACCUCUACAAGGCGCUCGCCUGCGUCGUCCUCGCCCUGAUCGCCGUCCAGUACCUGCUUAGCGGCGGCGUGCUCGAUCGUCGCUCCAUCGAGACCAUUUUCACGAUCAACGCGACUAGAUACGCGGAUCGCUCGUAUAGGACCCAUCCGCGCGGCCUCAUCAUAUACGGUCCGGCAACCGCGGUGCCGAACUUAAUAGGGGGUGGCAAUGUAUCCUCGACAACGAUACUCUCAAUACUGGCCAAGGGCCUAUCGAAUUCGUCCAGAUUCGAGCCCGUGCCGACUAGAAAUCUGGUCGGAGCCGCGCGAGAACUUCCGGUGGCGAACGCGACUAAUAAUACGACCAUGCCACGAUGUCCCCUCAUCCCACCGAAUUUGGUUGGACCGGUGGUUGUUAGUAAGUCACCGCCACCGUUGUCCGAGAUGGAGAGGUCAUUCAUGGAGGUGAAGGCGGGUGGCAGGGGUUGGCCGGCGGAUUGCAUCGCCAGGCAUCGCGUAGCCAUAAUCAUUCCAUUCCGCGACCGCCCACAGCAUCUGCAGACCCUUCUCUACAAUCUGCAUCCGAUUCUAUUGCGCCAGCAGAUCGAGUAUCAGAUCUUCGUGAUCGAACAGGAAGGUACCGGAGCCUUUAAUCGAGCAAUGCUUAUGAAUGUUGGCUACGUAGAGGCUCUAAAAGAAAGAACCUUUGACUGUUUCAUCUUUCAUGAUGUUGACCUACUUCCGGAGGACGAUAGAAAUUUGUACACCUGUCCCGAGCAGCCCAGACACAUGUCGGUCGCAGUGGACAAAUUUAAGUACAGAUUACCUUAUGCCGAUCUCUUUGGCGGUGUAUCCGCAAUGUCGCGCGAACACUUCCAAUUGGUGAAUGGCUUCAGCAAUGUUUUCUGGGGCUGGGGCGGCGAGGACGACGAUAUGGCGAAUCGCAUCAAGGCUCAUGGCCUGCAUAUCUCGCGUUAUCCGGCAAACGUUGCGCGCUAUAAGAUGCUCACGCACAAGAAGGAGAAGGCCAAUCCGAAGAGGUAUGAGUUCCUGAAAACAGGCAAAAAGAGGUUUUCCACUGACGGGCUAGCCAACCUGCAGUACGAGUUGAGUGAUAAGCGGAAGCCAAAAUUGUACACGUGGCUCUUGGUGAGACUGACGCCGCCACAGCCCAGCUGAUGGCUACCCUGGCUCGGUUGAAGGCUCCUACGCGCCAAGUUUACCCCUAGUAGCAAGAUCAAUACGAUCGUGUUGCGAGAACGCUCUCUGGAGCUUGCAUUUCAUCAAUGAAACAAUAUCAAAGACAAAAAUCAUUCGCGCAAAAUAUGUUUGCAAGAGAAGCGUAGCGUUCCUCUUGCAUGGAAAUACCAAUUCAUUGACGAAAAGACGAGGUUCCGAAUGCAUCGAUUAUUUGUAUUCUUAACUGAUCUAACUGCAGACAUUUAUGGUACGCUCGAUACAUAAUGCGAUUGAAAGUAAGAAGCUCGAGUAAUGAGUAAUGAAAAAAAAUGAGAAUAAUGAGGAACAUUCUAUAAGAUUUCAUAAUCUUUAAUUAAAAGAGAUGCCAUAUAAUGAUAUGACCUCUCUGUAUUUAAAAUCUCCAAUUAUUCUUACGCCAUCCAUGUUUUAUCGGAGAUUUUGAUAUUUCUUGCCUUCGAUCAAAAAGGUGAGAAAAUUAAUAAGAAGAAAAAAUAUGUCAUUUGCAUACUGUAUUAUUAAGGAAGAUAUUCCAUAAAAUUAAAAGUUUUGAGAAGUUUGGGGCGCACAGGAGACGCUGAAAGAUUAAUGCGAAACUAGAGCGCAAGUGUUAGGGGUUACGAAGAGGAGAAAAAUGCUUUCAUAUGGGAGUUGUCGAGUAUCUUGCCGGUGCGUUGAGAGCCUCGCGCUCAGUUUGUUCCUCCUCCCAUGGGAAGAGGAUGUUGUUACGUGAUAUAUUUUUAUUCCUCAUAUUUUUUUAUCGUGACGAUAGGUUAGAGAGCGAGUAGAGAGUAGCAUACGAGCUGACGUGCCAAAGGAGAGAAUGUGUGUGUGUGUGUAUGUAUGUAUGUAUGUGAUGUGCGAGAAGUAGCGCGAAAGAGAAAGAAAUAGAAAAUACGAGGAAAAAGCCGAGAGAAUGAGGAGCUCCAGUAUCUUUCUUAAAGUCAAGCCACGAUAUUAUAGUAUACACAAAGCAAACUAUCGUCGCUCGAGGGAACUUUAGAGAGCUUCCACUUUUACGGCUUAUAUGUCUCCUAUUCAUCGUUAGACGAUCAUGCACGGUAUGUUGUCUCGUUAGCGAAUAGAAAAAAGCAAUCCGGAAUGAAUUAAGAAAUCGUACAAUAGCCUGCUAAUAAUGAGUCAACAAGUAAUUCGUUUUGAAUAUUAAUGCAAUUUGAGAGUUAGCAAAGAUGACCUUCCUACUCUCCCGCGUUAACGAGGAACUACCGUAUGAUAUUCUAAAGAUAGAGUGGAUUAGAGUGCGUAAUAAGAGAAUAUACAGGAGGGAGAAUAAUGUCGCGGAUAAAGUUUCUCGUAAGCUAAUCACGCGAGACGUAACGCGAGAGGUUUCGAAUAACUUUUCAAGGUCACGUGUCACUCGUUAAACCUUGAUCCGAACACGUUCUAAAUUCGUAACUUGAGUCCUCAAGGUGGAAUUGGAGCUUAUUUUUUUACGGAAAUGUAAAUUAUCAGUUAACUUCAUUGCGAGGGAUUGAUUUUUCAGUCAAUAUGAGCGCGAGCGUUUCAUUGUGUGAAAUGAAGAAAUGGUACUUAAUUGUUUGACAGUAAGCGAAAAUACACACAUUUUGCUCGCGUAUACUUACAAUUAGAUAUGAAUACUUACAAUUAGAUAUGAAAUAGAGUUGCCUAUUUGCCUCAAGGUAAGAUGUAAGAAUUCUUCAAUAAGAAUGUUAUUUUUCUUCCAAGACAUGGAUUGAUUUUCAGACUUAGUUGUAGCAAUAUCUCAAAUAAGCAGUUUCUAACUAACGUCAGACAAAUAUUUAAUUUUAAUUUAACCAAUUAUCAAGUUUUGUAGAAAAGAAAGAGAAUCAGAAAGAAAUGAAGAAUCAUUUGAAACAAGAAUAAACUUAAGAGAAGUAAUCGUACAACUUUAAUGAAUUCUUGGCUAAUAAAACAUAAAUUAUUUUAUUAACUCCGAUCAACAGUAACUGAUAUUUAUAUAAUUUGCUCUUAAAAUUAACUUCUUUACACAAUUAGAUAAUUAUACGUUUCGAAAUAACAUGAAUAUAUACUACUGAAUGUGUGUGAUCAAAAUCCAUUUGGAUAUACGCGAGACGAUAGCGAGCGCAGUCAAGACUUAGAAUACACUAACAUAUCACGUCUUGUCAUAGAGCAUAGUGAGACAUGUGUGAAGCUUCACGUUCAUGUGUGGACAAGCAUACUUAAGCAUUAAGCGCAAACAAGAGCACGGGCUGUGAGUAAUGCAUCUUUCGGCGGCUAAAAGAAUCAUGAUAAAAGAAGUUUAGGAGGACAGACUCAUGAUGACGAGCGGUAUAAUUAACGUUCUUUUCCUUUCGCGUUGCGCAAUCAAUCGCAAUCGAUCGAUACUUAUCCCUCGUCCAAAUUCUCCGAAUCCAUCCAACUGCUUUUUAAAGCUAUCCGACUUAUUACUUCGCAUUUAGCUUUGAUAAACUGUGUUAAAAUUUUCAACUGAACAUUGAUCUCAACUUUUUGGCGAUAGCAAAAUAAACUAUGUGUUCUCAUAUUUUUUUUAGUCAAUAUAAAUGUAAUGAAAAAAAUAUUAACAAAUGCGUCUUAAUUAAUUUAAUUUAUAUGGUUUGCUUUUCUUUUCAAGCGAGAAUAUCGUAAAUGCGAAGUGAUAAAGGGAUUUUCAGAAUUGCUUGAGACAGGAUUCAAUAGAUGUUUGCGUUAUACGAAGUGGCACAUGCAUGAAAAUUCCGAUCGAAAAAAUAUGAGAUAUGCGCGAAAUAUUGAAUAUGCGUUAGAUACGUUUCUUUUAUCACCGUUCCUGUGAUUAAACAUUCCGAUGCUGUUAUCCGAUAUGUAAAUAUGUAAUCAGUUCGUUUUGUUUUUGCGUAAUCUGACUUUAUCUCCUCGAACAUAAAAUGAAAAUCAUUUGAGUUAUUACUUAUUCUUUUGAAAUUGAAUAUAUAAAAGAGAUUUUUUUGUUAAAAAAUAUUAGGAAAUAUUGCGUACAUUCUUAAGAAAAGAAAUCGAUUAAGAGUUGUGAAAAAAAAUGAUUUUUAAAAUUGCAUUAAAUAAGAAAAAAGAGAAAAAAAUAAAACUAUACAUACAUAACAAUUGUUGCUUUUUUGUUGUUUUUUUUAUUUGCCUAUCCUGUUUUAGUCUUGAAAUUUAUUAUUAUUUAAUAUCAAAGUUAAAUUCAAUACAGAAAUAGUAUAAAAAAGAAAAACUUGAUAAAUAAUGAAUAAAAAUACAAAAUAUAAAAUAAUUUUGUGUUUCGAUAAAAGACAGGUAACUUUAAACAGAAUAAAAAAAAGUCCGAGGAGGAUAAUUCAGAAUAAAUCAUAGCUAAGAUGUAAUUUUGUUGAGAGAUUUUAUAAGAAUUAGCUUGAAUAUUCUUUGUCUCGCGACUUAAUAAUAAUUUGUUACCGAACGAAAAUGAAAAACAAGCAGAAGUGAACGUGCAAAGGAAAAACGGUUCGAGAUAAUAUUUCAGUGUAGCUUAAAGAAAACGUUGUAUCAUAUAAUAUUACUAUUAUCGAAUAAUUAAGAAUACCUAAGAUAAUUUAAGACAGAGAAAAUAAUACAACGUGCUCCCGAAAAAGAAAUAUAAGUCACAAUUUACAGGAGUUAAAUUUCAUCGAUAUAUUAACUUAUAAUUAUUAUUAUAAUCAAAACAAAAUAUAAUUAUAAAAUAUAUAUUGUUAUAUUUUAUUCAGUAUACUAACAAAAUCUCAAAUAUAUACUUUAUUAAAUUAAAUUAUUGAAACUAUCGUAACUAUAUAAAAAAAUCAGAGUAUUAUUUAUUCCGUUAUAUUAUUAUUUAUAUAUUUUUUUUUUUAAUUAUACUCUAUUUCUCGAGCACAUUAUGCAUGAUGUGUCGCGUAAAAAUAGCCUGAUUGCUUUAUUUGAGUGUGUAUAACAAAAAAAAGGUUUCUUAUUUUUCGAGAAUCGCAAUUGAAUUAAGUUUUUUUUUUUUGUAUAUUUUAAGAAUAUAUGACCGAAUUAAUUUACGUGACACACUCUCUGUAUUGUGAAUACGCUAGGCAAAUUUGGUGCGUUUGAUUGCCGUACGAGAGUUUCGUAGGAUACGAUCAUCCUGUUCUCUUGCAUUUUUGCGAUUUUGAGAGUUCCCAUCGAGAAGACGAGAUUUUAUACGUAUUACUUUACAUCUUGUACAUGCAUUUGUUUUGCGCACAUACGGAAUAUUUUAGAAGGAUAAUUUAUCGAGAGAGAAAGAGAGCGAGAGAUAGAGAUUAUUCUUUUACGAUAAUAGAGAGAGUUAUGUAGUUUUAUGCGAUAAAUUUAUUAUUAUUGUAUUGUUAUUGUUACGCUAGAUUGAUAAGAAAUCGUUUAGCGUGGAGUGCAAUUAUUUUUUAAUAUUUGUCUUUAUCGCGAAAUUGUGGUUCUCGUACGGCAUGUUCGAUAUUAAACACCAAUUUCAGCAGAGACGAGGAGAUAGUGAUUAGAGAUAUAAGUAUUGCAUAUAAGGAGUAGUGAUUAAGUAUUUAUAUGAGAAGGUAAGCGACAGAAUGUAUGAGAGAAAAAAUGGCGUUUGUAAUACAGAGUGUAAUGUAUUACAUAUACAAUAUGUACACGCCGUCUGCCGACGCUUUUAAUUAGCGGCAGCAUUAUAUAUAUACAUAUAUUGCCAUCGAUAAUUAAGCGUCAAGGAAUCUUCAAAGCGCGGACACGAGGACUUUUCAUAUUACUAAUCGUAGAUUGGAUUGUUGACGCGAGAUGAGAAAAUAUUCUACGAAUAUUUCGAGAAAAAAAUCUGUCAUUACGAAUUUUAUAAAAGCGCGUUUGUAUAAUAUUACAUAACUAUAUAUAGCAAGGAAUUUGUGCAAAUCUGUACAUAUAUAUCCACCGAAAUUCUGAGAUUUUUCCAAAUAUUUUUAGAAUUCUUUGGAGGAAUUUGUAUUUGAAUAUUCCUCAGAAUUAUUUCAAAAUAUUUCAAAAAUUCUCAGAAUAUUUUCUAAUCAUUCUUAUAGUUAUAAUAUUAGGAAACUUUAUAGAAAUACUAUCCAUCUUUCUCCCUCGUUAGAGAAAAAUUUCUUCUCUAGAUGUGCUUGUUUCGCGUCACUAGUCCGAAAGGGAUGAUUGAGAUAGAUCCUUCGAUUGAAAAAAAAGGAUCUAUCGUUCAAAAGUAACCAUUUUCGAUUUUUAUAAAUCAAAAAAUUAAAAAGAUAAAAAAUUAUGAGAUAUAUAUAUAUAUAUAUAUAUAUAUAUAUAUAUAUAUAUAUUAUAUAUGACGACAUAUAAAUUGGCUAAGGAAAAAUUAUCUAAAAAAGUAAUGCAAAUAAACACAUAAAGUAUGGAGAUUAUCCUCGUGUACGUAAUAUUUGCUUCUUCUCAACUUACCGGAACAUUUGAGAGACUAUCUUCCUUCUCACAAUUUACAUUCGUGAUGUAUUGGAACAAUAAAUUUCUGUUAAAGCAUA